AUGCAUACAUUUUUGCUCAUGGUUGUGUGGGCUAUACUGAGUGGCGCCAGUGCUGACACCCAGCAAACAGAUGUCGAGACACUCAUGGAUAAUGUUGUGGUCCUGAGGGUGCCCUCUUUUACGGGUAGCAUGGUUCACGUUCCUUUGACCUGCGGAGAAGCUUUUCAGAAUGAGCCUGUGUUUUGGAAGAAAAAUGGUCAGGAGCUCAAUCCGCCUCUGCAGGGGAACCAAGUCCAGGUCCUGGUGGAGGAGAUGAAAGGAGGGAACUACACUUGCCACCUCAGUCCAAGUGGAGAAUACCUGAACCACACUAUGAUCUUAAUCCAGCUUAAUCCAGACAACAGGACAGUCAUAUUGGAAAACAGAGAAGGAGGUCACAUCCACUGCUCGGCACCAAACUAUACAGGAUUCUUUCACUGCUCCUGGAAAAGAACAGCGCUCAGAUCUGAUGCCAGUGUGGUUUUGGUUAAGGCUGAACGUUUUACCGAAGAUAUCCCCUGUGAGCUGGAUGCCGAUGCAUCAGGGGUUCGCUGCCAAGAUGCCCACUGCCCAUACAAAGAGGAGCAACAUCACAUUUCCUUCACCGUUUACAUACGCAGCCAUGCUCGUUUGGAGGCCUACACAAAGUCUUUCUACCUGAGAGAAAUCGUGAGACCGUCAAAACUCCCUAACCUGCACAUCAGUGAUGGGAAGGUGUUCAGCUGGGACUACCCUGAUACUUGGGAGAAACCCUGCGCCUAUUUUGGCCUACAGUUUGAGGUCAAGCUGGUGCACAGUGGACAUCCCUGCAACAGUGACAAUCAAAUAAUUAAUAUCACCACUGAUACAACCAAAUACGAGGUUGGCGUUAAGACCAAGAAGUAUGUUUUCUGUGUGCGAGCUCAGGACAAGUUCACCAGAGGGCCGUGGAGCCACUGGAGUCAGUGCACAGUGAACAAACAUAACGUGGCAUGCUAAGCGUUAGCCGCUGGACUCUGCUGCCGCACCAGAAAGAGGAAAACAGUUUUUAAAAAUAUUAUAAUUCAGAAGAAAAAAAAAUGGUCUAAUACAUUUUUUCAAGUGAUGCACAACAUAUGA